AUGGACGAGAUCGCGCUGCUGCAGCAGCAGCUUGCCGCCGUGCAGCAGCAGGAGGCGGCGCUCAAGCUGUCGGACCACAACGUGAUCGACCUGUUGCUCAAGCUCCAGCAGCUGGGCAAGCUGCAGGUGGUGCACACGCGCACAGGCAAGCAGUUCCUGACGCCGCUGCAGAUCCAGCGCGAGGUGGUCGACUACGUGGCGCUGCACGGCGGGCGCCUGAGCCUCACGGAGCUGGAGAAGCUCAUCGACGUGGACCGCUCGCAUGUGGAGAGGCAGGCGCACGCGCUGUGCCGCGGCCGCGGCGGCUACGCGCUGGUCAACGACGGCGAGGAGCUGCUCACGAGCUGGUACCUGGACGGCAUCAUGGAGGACACGGACGUGCUGCUGCAGGAGAGCGGCACGACGUCCGUGGGGGACCUGGCGCAGCAGUUCGGCUUCGCCGUGGACUUCAUGCGCGGCGUGGUGCGCGCGCGUCUCGGCAGCAUCUUGAAGGCGCGCGAGCGGGACAACGUGCUGUACACGGACUCGUACGUGGCGGCGCAGAAGGCGCGCGUGCGCGGCGUGUUUGCGGCGGUCACGCGGCCGAUAUUUAUGCCGGACGUGAUCCGGUCCUUCGGCUUUGACGAAGCCGUGGCCACCGAGGCGCUGGGGGAGCUCAUGCAGGCGAAGGUGCUCAUGGGCACGCUCAGAGGACGCGAGUACGUGCCCUACGUGUUCAUGGCGGCGCAGAGGGAGAGCAUGUACUCGUUCUUCCAGCAGAAUUGGUACCUGGAGCACGCGCGCGCCAAGGAGCUGCAGGUCGCGAGGCCCUAUGACUUCUUGAAGAAGAGGUUCCCGGACGCCGUCCCGCUGCAGGAGAGCGUGGUGAGCAGAGCGCUGCAGCUGCAGCUGGAGGGCGCGGUGGAGGCGGCGGUGAAUGACAACACGUUCGUGGAUGUGCGCCUGUUGCUGCCGAGUGCGCUUCCUGCGGGGGAUGUGGGGCUGCUGCUGGCGAUGUCGCCGGCCUUGGAGAAGUCGGGCCAUGUGUCCAAGGCCUACCAGAUCGCUGAGAGCUACGCUGUCAGCUCUGGAUUCUUCGCGUUGUGCAUGGAGAAGUUUGCGGAAGACGCAACGACUAGAGCUUCGCGUGCUACCGCCCAGCAGAAGAGCAGUGGCCACGCUCCAAGCACGCGGGAAACUAGACUAGAGGUGGACGAAGCAGAUGAGUCGGAUGAUGAGGACUUUGGAGGUAAGCGCGGAAAGAAGGGUAAGCACAGCAAGGGAGGUAACAAGCGUGACCAGGAAGAGAGCAGUGGUAAAGGUGGAAAGUCCGGCAAGGGGAAGAAGGGCAAGCGAGCGUCUAAGCGCGGUGCAGAUCUUGGGGGAGAUGACGAGAGCAGGUCGGCGCCCUCCCAGCUUUCUAUUGUGCCGUCACGUGAGGAGACGAUUGAACUUCUCGUGAAGUGGUUCCCGGUUGUUGAGGACCUAGAAGGUGACGAUGAAUUCAUGGACGGCAUGGUGGCAUAUCUUAAGCCCAAGUUGGACGAGGUGUAUUCGACUGCUCUGACCAAGGCGUUGUCAAGCAUUUUGCGUGGCGAUGCCGCGUCACUGCGCGAGCUGCGCAAGAUGUUCGAAGACCGCUUCGACGAGCUGCUCGCAAAGUUGCUGGUUCUUGAGAAGGGGUUCAACAAGCUUUCAAUGCACGUGGAUGCCAAGGAUGCGUCUGGGAUGGAGCAGCUUGCUCUCGUGGAGACACACGUGCUUGAAUCCUCGUCAGUCGAGCUUGCGGCACUUGUCACGAGCUUUGUGGCUGAGAGCAACAGUUUGGAGCUGGAAGGCGUUCCGCUUCUUGACGAGAACAAGAAGGUGCUCGAGUCAAGUCUCCCGCAAUCCACUGCGAGCGCCCUGGUGCGUCUGUGGACGCUUGCCACUGCUGGUCGUCGGUCACUAAGCGAUUUCAUGGCUCACGUGCCGGUGCUGGCAGAGGUUCUCAGUAUGCCACUUCGCAAGUUGGACCGCAAGAAGGAGCGCCAGGUCAUCUUCGGGUACCGACAGGCCACGCUUUCAGAGCUGGACGAGAAGGCAGCACAACCGAUUGAGCACAGUGAAGAGUAUGCGGAAAUCGCAGCUUUGGUCCUGCAGCUCUUCUUCCAGCAGAUCACGGCGCUCCCGGGCAGCUUUCCUCGUAAUACUGUUUCGUACGGCGACAUGGUUUUGAAGGCGUUCCGAGAUGAAGUUUCUGAGGACCAAACGAACUCGUGGAGUGAAAACCUGGAAGCCACACACGCUUUGGUGCUGCUGAAAGACCUGAACUCCAUCGAGUAA